CGCGUUCUUUCACUCGCGAAGCAUUUUCUCGUCCCAUCGGUUCUCCAUGUUGCGAAAUCGGUGUAAAUUGGGCCAUUUUCCUGCAAAAAGUACGUUCCGUUCUGCUAGAAAUACUGCCAAACGGGAGUUCGGGUGUGCGAAAACGUAUUGAAAGUGAAAAAUCGUGGAAAAUUGUCAAAUUCGGCGGUAAAUCGGUGUGUUGAAAAUUGUGCUCCUGCUCACCAUUUCCUCUCACGGCGUCGUCGUGUUCGUGUUUUUUCGUGGAACCAUUCCAUGCCGAGAGUGCUUGUUUAGUGAAAAUAUUUACUGAUUUCGUUGGUUUGGGUUUUAAUUUGUGAAAUAAUUUGAUAGCUCAACCAUCUGGCACGAUGUCUUUGCGGCAGUUCCGGAAACCAGCUCACAGCGGUUCGAACGGAGCAGUUCCCAGUGCAGGUGACCAGAAACUAGAGAUGGUUCCCGGUCGACAACGUAUUCAAGCUCUAGUGGACAGUGAGAGUGAAACCGAGUGCGGCACCACUCCCACAAAGGCAGCCCUACCGGAUAAGGUUAUCGUAUCGCCCGUUCCGAUUCCCACGGUGGGAGCAGUUUCGUCCGCUGCCGCGACUACCGCUAGCCCUCCGACUACUUCACAGAAUGGGACAGUGGAUCCUCCUCCGGUGCUCACGGUCCGGGAUAAAGAGCUAUGCCUACAGAAAGUUAGAUCCGAGCGACCCGAUGUGGACACGAUGCUCGUCCAGGACACCUUGGUCCGACAUCAGUGGAGUGUGGAAAAGGCUUUGGAGGAUCUGAAAUCGUACAUGCCCAACAAAAAGCGAAUGUUUUCCAUUUCUCCAGCUGCGGUGUUUCAGAAGGCUCCCACGUUGAAUAACAUCCCUCGGAAGCCGGAUAACCCGGCGAAAAAACGUCGGAUGGAUGCGGAGGAUGGAGGAAGUGACAGCGAAGAUGAGUCCGGAAAACAACAGGAAAGGGUGUUCGAUAGCGAUGACGAUAGUGAUGAUGGUGGUAACUAUGGUAUGUCGAAAGACCGGAAGGGCGUUUUUGAGUUCCUGAAUAAUGGAACGGCCAAUGAGCUGACUGCCGUUAAGACUCUAUCCACGAAAAAAGUAGACCUGUUGUUGGAACAGCGCCCUUUUACGAGUUGGGACGACCUAGUAGAUAAGCUUAAAUCUCACAAGUCUCUUCAAACGGACAUCCUUAACCACACGCAGGAAUAUUUGUCCCGAAGGAACAACCUGGUGACCAUCAUGAACAAAUGCAAAAAGAUGUGUCAAAAGCUAGAAUCGGCUAUCGCAGCCGAUGGAGGUCUCGUUGAGCAGCCGUCCAACAUUCCCGAAGGUUUCAAACUGGCAGAGUAUCAGCUGGUUGGCCUGAAUUGGCUCUCCGUGAUGCAUCGGAACGAUAUGAAUGGAAUCCUGGCCGACGAAAUGGGCCUCGGCAAAACGAUUCAAGUGAUUGCAUUCCUCGCUUGGUUGAAGGAGAACGACCUAAUCAAACAUCCCCAGCUGAUUGUGGUACCUUCCUCCACGCUGGACAACUGGGAAAACGAGCUUCGGAAGUGGUGCCCGGAGCUUAUCCUCAUGAAGUACUACGGAAGCCAGGAGGAGCGCAAGCUAAUCCGAAUCGAUUGGGCCAAGAACGGAAUCUCCGAUGUGGACGUUGUCCUGACCACUUACCACAUGAUGGGCGCUUCCGGUGAGGAGAAGAAAAUGUGGCGCGUCACACCAUUCCAGUAUGUGAUCUUCGACGAGGCGCACAUGCUGAAGAACAUGACCUCGCAGCGGUACGAAAAUCUGUUGAGAAUUCGGGCAGAUCGGCGCAUCCUGUUGACCGGGACGCCACUUCAGAACAACCUUCUGGAGUUAAUGUCGUUGCUUUGCUUCGUCAUGCCGAAACUGUUCGGCGGGAAAGUGGAAGACAUCAAGGCGCUUUUCCAGCGAAUUAAAACGAAAGACAGCGGAGAAGAUCAGACAACUUUCGAGAAAAAUCAAAUUGAGCGGGCUAAGCAGAUUAUGAAACCAUUUAUAUUGCGGCGACUGAAAAAGGAUGUCCUCAGCUUUUUGCCUCCGAAGACAGAGGAAAUUAUGAAAGUACCUAUGCUAAAUUCGCAAAAGGAGAAAUACAUGGAUUUGGUCAGCGAGUACCAGAAUGCAACGGGUGUGUUCAAGAGCAGUACUGAGAUUAGUGGAAUGUCGAUCAUGAUGGACAUGCGAAAACUGGCUAAUCACCCAUUACUUUUGAGGUACUAUUUCUCGGAUGCAGAGGUUCGUAAAAUUGCCCGAAAGCUGGCCGGAGACUCAGAUUGGAAGAACAAAAAUAUCGAUGAAACUUUUCAGGACAUUGCGUACCUGUCUGACUUUAAGUUAUUGCAACUUAAGGAUAAGUAUACCAGCUUAUACGACCUACGAAUCCCCGAUCAGCUGAUAGUGGCAUCCGGUAAGUUCCGACAAUUGGACGAACUGCUGCCCAAACUGAAGAGCGAGGGACACCGAGUUUUGAUCUUCAGCCAAUUCGUCAUGAUGCUGGACAUCAUGGAAAAGUACCUGGACAUCCGGAAGUACGGAUUUCUGCGGCUAGAUGGUCAGACGGCCGUUACCGAGCGACAGGAAAUGAUCGACCUGUACACCGAGGAUCCGAACAUUUUCAUCUUCCUGCUGUCAACGAAGGCCGGAGGGUUGGGCAUCAAUUUGACUGCAGCUGAUACGGUGAUCAUCCAUGACAUUGACUUCAAUCCAUACAACGACAAACAAGCCGAGGAUCGAAGUCACCGAAUGGGACAAACAAAACCUGUGACUAUUUAUAAGCUAAUAAGUGAUGGUACGAUUGAAGAAGGAAUGCUCAUGAUUGCCCAAGAGAAGCUGCAACUAGAGAAGGAUGUCACCGAUGAAGGCAAGGAUCAACACUUGAAUAAUCUCAACUUUCUAUUUGUAACUCUUUUCUCCUCCUCAAAAGGUGCCGACAAAAAGGAAGAGCACAAGUGUAUGGUCCGACUCCUAACGAUGGCACUGAACAUGGAUGAGAACAAGGCGGAGACUAUCCUCAAAAACGAAUCCCCAAAAAAGAAUCAGCAAGAUGAAGACUUUUAAUUCUUCUUUGUUUAUUUAAUUCCACCUAGCUACCAUUUUAAAGUGAUGUUUACCUAAGUAUUUGUUUUCCUAUUUUUUGUUCAGUUCAUACCACCCAAAAUUGUACAAACUCGGCAGGAUUCGAUUUCUCGUAAUCCUGAUCCCAAUACUACUUCGGAUGAAUUGUUGAAACCAAAAGCUAUUGCACGUUCGCUGGAACAGAAAAACAACAGGAAUUUUAUGAAUGGCAAGGUCAAACGUCUAUGUGUAUGUGUUUUUUUUUUUGAAAUUCGUUUACGUCCUGUUAAAUAAAGACUUUUGUCGAAAUAUGAGCAUUGAUGCAUAUAAGCGUAUACAAAGUAUGAUCAAGAAUAAAAUAUUUAACGCACCGAAGCUAAUUCACAUGA